UGGCACUUCUCCGAGGAAGAGAGACAGUAAAUCAAGUAAAAAUAUGGCGGAAUAGACAGUUACCAGCAGGGGUUGAUGAAUGGCAAAAUUAAAUUAAUACAGCCAUAUAAAAUAAAAACUAAUAUUAAUAUAAGUAACAUAAGUGAGUUAAGACUUGUGCGGUGUGUUUCGGCGUAUUAUGUAGGUGAAAAAGUGAAAAGUGCGUCGGCUAAUCCACCCUUUCGGAGUGGUGAGGUGUACUUAUCAAGAAAAAAUAGUGACAAUUCCCUUUUGCAAUCAUAAGGGCAUGAAUUCAAGCCAUGGGUGCUCAGAAUACAAAGGAAAGAAAUGUUUCUAUCGGAAGCCAUUCAAUCAGAGCUACAAGAAACAGACCUAGGCCUUUGAGAGAUGGACGUCAACCUAUCUCCAAUAUUUUCACCGAACACAACGAUUUUCGACUUCAAUCUCUCAAAGCUCUCUUACAAAGUCGACCAUUACCUCAUAUCCCGAGCCUUCCAGAGUCAGAUCCGCCAGGAAGUCACAAUGCCAAUACGCUUAACUCGAGUCUGGGCACCCUUUCGAACUCAUCCACCAGUGGAGCGCCAUCGACUCCUAUCUCAUUUGAGACCGCCAAUCGAUGGACUUCCAAAGAAAAUCUCUUAGCACAAGAAGAGGACGAUCCCCAGCUUUUCGUAGCGUUAUACGAUUUCCAAGCUGGUGGGGAAAAUCAACUUAGUCUUAAGAAAGGUGAACAAGUUAGGAUUUUAAGUUAUAAUAAAAGCGGUGAAUGGUGUGAGGCGCAUUCUUCAACUAAUCAAGUCGGUUGGGUCCCAUCAAAUUACGUAACUCCUGUGAAUUCAUUGGAAAAACAUUCCUGGUAUCACGGACCAAUAUCGAGAAAUGCUGCUGAAUACUUAUUGAGUUCGGGUAUCAAUGGUAGUUUUUUGGUAAGGGAAUCGGAAAGCAGUCCUGGUCAAAGAAGUAUAUCUCUUAGAUAUGAAGGACGUGUUUAUCAUUAUCGAAUAAACGAAGAUUCAGAGGGUAAAGUGUUCGUAACAGCCGAAAGUAAAUUUAAUACUCUUGCCGAAUUGGUUCACCACCAUUCGAUGAUCUCUGAUGGACUUAUCACUCAACUGUUGUAUCCUGCUCCUAAACAUAACAAACCAACAGUUUUUCCUCUAAGCCCGGAACCUGACGAAUGGGAGAUUAAUAGGACUGAUAUAGUUAUGAAGCAUAAAUUAGGUGGUGGACAAUAUGGGGAUGUAUAUGAAGCGAUGUGGAAAAGGUAUAACAUGACAGUAGCUGUAAAAACUUUAAAAGAAGAUACCAUGGCAUUAAAAGACUUUUUAGAAGAAGCAGCCAUCAUGAAAGAAAUGAAGCACCCUAACCUGGUACAACUGAUGGGCGUUUGCACUAGGGAACCACCGUUUUAUAUUAUAACCGAAUUUAUGAGCAAAGGAAAUUUGCUUGAUUACUUAAGAAAUGGGAACAAAGAACAAAUUAAUGCUGUUGUACUUAUGUAUAUCGCCACGCAAAUAGCAAGCGGAAUGAACUAUUUAGAAAGUAGGUGUUUUAUUCAUAGAGAUUUGGCUGCAAGGAAUUGCCUUGUAGGUGAGAACCAUCUAGUGAAAGUGGCCGACUUUGGUCUUGCGAGGUUAAUGCGUGACGAUACCUAUACUGCUCAUGCCGGUGCCAAAUUCCCCAUAAAAUGGACUGCGCCAGAAGGUCUAGCUUACAAUAAGUUUUCUACCAAAUCAGAUGUUUGGGCUUUUGGAAUAUUAUUGUGGGAGAUCGCUACGUACGGAAUGUCACCAUACCCUGGAGUAGAUCUUACAGACGUUUACCACAUGUUAGAAAAGGGUUACAGAAUGGAAUGUCCACCAGGAUGUCCGCCGAAAAUUUAUGAAUUAAUGAGGCAAUGUUGGCAGUGGCACGCCAAUGAUAGACCAACAUUUAAGGAAAUUCAUCAUGCGCUGGAAAAUAUGUUUCAGGAAUCUAGCAUAACGGAAGAGGUUGAAAAGCAAUUGCAAGGCAAUGACUCUCCAUCAGUUUCUGUAGGAACACCACAUAUGGCUUUUAAAAAGUCUCAUUCAGGAAGUACGGGAAAUAUUCAUGGUCUUGUUGGAUUAACAGAACAUAGUGAUCUCAAUAAUACAUCUACUAAACUGUCUACUUUUACUGGUGGAUCGAAGAAUAAUGUUCAAAUGAGACGAUCUACAAACAAAAAAGGAAUGCCUGCCCCUGCUCCUCCGAAGCGUACAAGCUUGCUGUCUUCUUGUAGUUCUUUUAGAGAUAGUACAUAUGAGGAUCAAGGACAAGGAGACAUUCAAGGAGAAGAUGGGACUGAUCUUAAUGGACUGACAAGAGAGCUUCAAACCUUAACAGCAGGUACCAAAUGUGAUAGCGAAAGCGAUCUUCAAGAUCAAACGCCCGAUACAGACGACUCAGGUGCGCAUUCCUACCCAGAAAUAUCGACCGCAUCUAGUUUUAUACCAAACACAGGUUCCUUUAAAAGGGCUCCUAUCAUGGGUAACAAAGGAUUGGAACAGAGAGGGAAAAAGACUAAAACGAAAGAGCCUUUGGUUCAGGUGGCAGCUUUAGAGGUUCAAAACGUGCGGAAAGCUAUAAGCAGGUAUGGUACCCUUCCGAAGGGUGCUCGUAUAGGUGCCUAUCUAGAGUCCUUGAGGCAAAAUAACAUGUCCUCCAACGAUGAAGGAAUUCCAGUCAUAAAUCAAUCCCUGGAUCAGUCCGACACUACUCCAAGGUCAUUAUCGCCAAGAACAAAUAUCCGUACACAACCACAAAUGAUCAGGAGUAAUUCAUCGGGAGGAGUUACGACGUUCCAUGCCACUCACCCGCCGAGUUCGCCGACUUCCAGCAAAUUGACGAGAAAUCGAAAUGUUACGAGAAACAAUAGCGGAGACGUCAGGAGUAGUCUGAGAAGUUUUAAAACAUCCCAAAAUAGCAGUUUUCGAGGAGGAAGUCCUUCUAGAUCUAUUCAACCAACCUUAGCUGAUCUGGAAUUCCCACCACCUCCUACAGACUUACCUCCUCCUCCAGAUGAAUUUGAUGGGUCCGGCAUUGACCAAGUAGACUGUAGUACAUCUAUAAUGACUUCUUCCCAAGAAUUAAAAAAGCGAAUUAUUCCUAUCUCCCCAUUGACUACGAAGAAAAUAAACCGCGAACCGAAAGAACCCCACCCUCCCGAACCAACAGAAACGAGCGACUUAAGUACUCUCCAGCCAUCAGUGGAAGAAGCCAGUUCACGAUUUGGUGUUAGUUUGAAGAAACGAGAAGCCGAUAAGGAUAAAGAGGAUGGAGGAAAAGAGAAAAGUCCUCAGCGUGCCAGUCUUAGCCUCACUAGUCCUAGUCAAGACGGUAAAAGUCCUGUUAGUGCCGAUUCGGAUGUUCCUAUGGUUGGGUCUCCACUAGAACCUCUACCUCCUCCACCAAAUAUUACUGAGACUGAUGAAGCUGUAGACCUGGACGACAAUAAAUCUUCCAAAGUGUUUAGAAAUAAAUUGGUAAUGAAAGAAAUGGAGUUAAAACUGGUAGCCGAGAUCAAGGAAAGUCAAAAUUUAAAAAGUAAAAAUUUGAAAGAAUCUCCAGUUGAAACAAUAUUGGCUGUGAGUGGCAUUAGCCAUGAUCCUGUAUCUCAGUUGGUGACUGAACUUUCACAAUCUCUUAAUUUAGAAAAGGAUGUAGAGAUUAGCGUAGGUAGAAAGAAUUCUCAAGGAAAUUUAACAACGAAUAACGGAGUAACAUUCGUCUCCCAGCUCAAAAAAGUAGACGCUAAAAAAACAAUUACCAAAGAACAAACUGAGAAAGACGCUCCCGUUAUUAUAGAUUUUAAAUCAAGGCUGCGAAAAGUAGAGAGCGACAAGAAAUCUGAAGACAGAGAAGACAACGAAUCCGAUAUUAACAAAAGAGAAAGUACGGCGAGUUCAGAUAGUGGGAAUUUAAAACUAGAUGAUAGUGAUGACAAAAGGAAGAGUACAGGUAGUAUUAGUAGUUUAAAAAAGCUUUGGGAGCCUAAAGACAGCUCAGAUAUGGUAGGGAACGUUCAGCUAAGUCCAAAAUUAUCAAUAAAAAAUAGCAAAACCGAAGAAAUAAUCGAAAAUCCCGUAGAAAUAACUGAUGACACAUUCAAAUUAAGUAAGACUGAUAAGAAAGCGUGGCCUCCUGGAAACGAAGAUAAACCUUUAAUACCCACAAAACCAGCUGUAAAAGCCUUGAAGCCUAUUAUAAGUCGACCGGCAGGUUCUGCAAUAUAUGCUACCCCCAUGGCUUCCAACGCAAAACCUCCUAUAAUGGCCAAACCAACUAGCAUCGAAAAUAAAACUCCAGAAGAUGAUACGAAGAUGACUACCAGCGAUAAAAGUGGAAAGGAUAAUAUUUUAGAGAUAUCACAGGCGUUAGAAACGACGUUAAAUAGCAUUAAAACCAAUUCUGUUGUAUCUACAGCGACGUGGCUUCAACUUUCUGAUAAAAUAGGCUUGCUUCACAGUUUCUGUAUGGAUUAUGCAGAUAAUGUUGUCCCUGCUCAUACGAAAUUCCAAUUUAGGGAACUACUUACCCGAUUGGAAAGUCAGGCGCGCCAACUAAGAUCGGCCGGAUCAAGAAACACUUCUGAAAACAGUAGAUGUCUUAACGAAGUGAACAAUACCAUUAAGGAUGUAGUUAACGUGGUUUUUCGAUAGAAACGGACUCUCUAGAACCCAAUCCUUAAAUACGUUUAUACGACUACUAGGACCAUGUUGUGUAUUGAUUCGAUUUUGUAUAAGGUAAAUUAUGCAUUUAGGAGUGAAUGUUAAUUUUGGUGUUUAUUUCGAUUAUUUUGUUUGUGAUAUAUCAUAAAUUAUUAAGUAUUAAACUAAAAAAAUAGCAUUACUAGAUAGAAGAACAAAAAAGUUAGUUUUUAGUGUACACUGGCCUAUAGCAAAUUUUCUUUGUUUUUUUUCCCAUUUGAGCUCAUCUCUGUAGGUUCUUUCUCGUUCUUUCAAAAAUUAACACGAAUAUUUUAGGGUGUGGCCUAUCGAACAUUUUUUUGUCUUUUUCUCCAUUACUGUGUUAAAAAACUUUGGUUUGACAAAUAAUUCUGUACACAAAGUAGUUAUUUUCACAACAUGGAAGUUAUUAUAUAAAUUGCUUUAUUUUUCUUCCUAGCCUUCUAUCGUCCAUGUUUGGACAUACAUAGGGCUCUCGCAAUUCCUUCCAUCGGUCUCUAUCCUGAACAACAUAUUUCUAAUUUGUUCUGGCUAUUCUUUUAAUCAUCAUUCUUUUUCACCAAUCCAUCUGUGGUCUUUCCUUUGGUCGUUUACUUUCGUAAGGUCUCCAUGAUUAUAUGUGAGAUUUCUAUGGUUAAGAUGUUAAGGAUUAAUCUCUUUUACGGACAACUUUUUGAGUAAUAAUAUUGCUUGACGACACGAAUGGAUCAACCAUGAGUAAUUAGUGGGGCGAUAUUAUGGAACAAUUUUUAAAAAAUGCGGCAAUUGUUUCGGCGAUAUUGCUUCAAACGGUUCGAUAUACUCCAUAUUGCUUAAUAUCGCAUGUCGCUGAUACGAAUUGUCGGAACUCCAAUGGGUAUAGCAAUUCAAGGCAAUUUGUUAUAUCUUGUAUAGGGGAAGUACCGCGGCGCGGCGCCAACGCGGUGGGGCGUCUGUCGUCUGCAUUUAUUUGUUCAGAAAUGUGACUACAACUGGUUCAUUUAAAAUGAUGUCGUUUUUCGUGGAAUAAUGAAAAGUUCGUUCACGUUAUUGUUUCAGCGCAUCCUUGUUUGUGGGAUAAAAAAAAUCUUAUUUUAAAGAUCGCUUGCUGAAAAAAUAUGAAUGGUCUUCUAUUGGGCAGGGGUUUAAAAUAUAUAACUAUUUUGUAUGCAUCCCCAGUAUCGAAGGGUUUUAUUGUCACUUGUGUAAGAUUUCUUUUGUAUAGUCGGUUCGCUAAACUCAGACCCAACUGACUAGUAUUUUAGUAGGUAAUUUUUUUUGUUUUUUACCAGUUUCGCCAAAAUUGGCAAAAUUAUUAACUAUUUAGUAAUUAUUAACUAUUUAGUAAUUAUUUUUUUGACAAUUCUACCAAAUUGGCAAAAUUACUUGCUAAAAUAACUAGCCAGUUGUGUCUGAGUUUAGCGAACAGACUAUAAUAAUUUACAAUUAAUAUAAUAAGAGUGAAAAAAUUCUUUUCUAAAUUCAUACGUAAACAAAUCUUUAUGAUAUAUCACAAAAUCCUAUAUUUAUUUCAUCAAACUGUGAUACAACUUAUAUAAUUUUAAGCAUUUAUAUAUGCUCAAUAAUUUAUUAAUUUUACAUGUCAAUAUUUUGUAUCCUGCUAAUUUUGUGCUACUUUUGUGACAUAAAAUUUUUAUUUAACUAAUAAGAUAUACUCUCUAUAUAUGUUUAAUAGACUCAUUCGGAUUAUUAUGUAUAUUUUAAGAAUAUAAAUGUAAAUUUAAUGAGAUUUGCCUCUGUAUUUGACCUCUUUUGAUAUUCAAAGGAUAUUCAUAUCACGAUGCCAAUACAAUCGUAAUUAGGAAAUGUUGCCUUGAGUUAGACAUCUGUAAACGGAUAAAUAUUCAGAAAUUCUGAUAAAAUUUAUUCAGUUUCUGGGUUGAGCCACGAAAAAAUUCUCUACAUCGAGCUUUCGACUGCAUCUUCGGAGACAAAUUAUUAUUUAAUAUUCAUUUCUAAGUAGUUGUAGUCUUACAUCUGCUUGAGGUGAUCAUGUUCUGUGUAUAAUUUCAUAUAUUUUCCUGUUUUAUAUAUUUAUCAAUCUUAUCUCCUCUCUAUUCAUUGAAUAAGUAGAAAAUCAUCCAUCUAUUGGGCCAUGAGUGAGGUGUCAUCCACAUCUAAUAUUGUAUGCGAGUUCGUUUUUUGUUUUCAUUAUUUUCUUUAAAAGUGUUUUUGUUUAGAAUAUUAUGUACUCACUAUUUUAGCUCCAUCUCCUUCUCAACAGUUUCUAAAAGAGUAAGAUGUCAUAUAUAAUAGUCACACAAUUAAUAAGACAAGAGUUAUGAAUAAUAUUAUCAUUAUUAUUCGUUUUCUUAACUCAAGCGAGUCUCUCACUUGGUAGUUAGGCGUUUGUACAAAGAACUUUGUACUGUCCUUUCAUGUAAACUCUACCAAAAGUUCAUGUGAUCUUCAUAAAAACCUGCAGCAACUUUUUCCUAUAGGUAGUUUAAGGAUUUCUCAUGGUUAGUACUGGGUUCACUAUUUUUAUUAUUAAAAUUAGACAGAAAAAACUGACUGCCAAAUUAAGUAUUAUAGUUAUGUAAUGAAUUCGAAACGAGUUGUUGCUAAAUUAUAUGUACGGUUUAAACGAAAAUGGUUUAUGGAAAUUAUCCAAAGACGUGUGUACCCAAUAAAACAGAUUAAUUUUAUGUGAUAAGAUAGUGCUCCAUAAAGGACCCAAAACAAUCUAAAACGAAAAAUGCGUCGUAUGGAGUCUAUUUAGUGUCUAUUUCAUGUAAAUUACCUUAUAUCAAAUAUAAAUUCAAUACUAUUUGUGAAAGAUAGUAACUAUUGAAAUGUGAUAUUAUUUUGCAAAGACCGUUUUUAACUAAUCCCUUAGACCUGCUCAAUUAAAGAGAUUUUAAUUGAAAACGCUAAUUUUCGUAAUAAAAUGCAUACAAUGCACAAAAUCGCGAGGAUUUAAAUCUAGACAACUUUGUGGCCGUGUCAAACCGAUAUGGUUAACCUUGGACAUGAUUUAGAUCUCAGUGUCUCCGUAGAGACGCAGGUCAACAUAUAACCAGGCUAAAAUGGAGCUUCGCAGGUCAUAACGCUAGACAAACGGAAAAUAGGUGGAAUAGCACGAUACAACAAUGGAGACCAUGGACAGGAAAGAGAGCAAGAGGACGACCCCAGAUGAGAUGGGGAGACGACAUUAAAAAGAUAGGAGGAACGCACUGGAAACAGAAAGCACUAAACAGAAGCGAAUGGAGGAAACUGGGGGAAGCCUAUGUUCAGAAUUGGACGAAUUAAAGGGCAAAAGAAGAAGAAGAAGUCUCCGUAGAGAACACAUUGUAUUUAUUUAAAAAUCAUAAAAUUUUCAAAGAUAAUAAAUAUAGUAUUUUUACUACAAAAGCGAUAUUACGUAGGUCAAAAUUUUUGACGUAAGAGAACUGUCAAAACAUUAGAAUGUGACUUUUCAUUAUUGCCAUGUUUAUUAUAAACAUGGCAAUAAUGAACAGUCACAUUCUAAUGUUUUGACAGUUCUCUUACGUCAAAAAUUUUGACCUACGUAAUAUCGGUUUUGUAGUAAAAAUACUAUAUACAUGAGCCCUUUAACGCUCUUCAAACGUUUUACUUAUGAUUUUAGUUCAAAAAUUUUAUAUAACUAUAGGGAAAUAAAAAUUUAUAUUUUAUAUAAGUAGGGAACUGGCAUACCUUUUUUUUCGAAUUUGUCUUAAAAUAAUUAUUUUUUUAUGGCACCCUUUAUUAAUUAAUUAAUAAAAUCAAUUUAUUACAAUAAAAAUUAUUUUUGGUUGUAAAACAUGCCUCAAAAUGAAAUAUUCUUUCUCGUAAAUCCGCCUUGUUUUUUUUGGCACAAUCGUAUCCACAGCUUUAGUGGCUUUCACUAAAAUAUCUUGGGGGAGAUCGGUGUUUCGGACAUUUCGAACAUUGUACGCCUCAAUCGUAAAAUUAUUUUUACGUACUGUCAAGUUGACAAAUAACAAAAACUAUGGUUACCACAAUUACGUUACGACUGUUCAGGUAAAUGCUGGUACUUAUUUAAAAACUAAUUUAUUCAAAAUUCAUUCAAUUUUUUCUCAUAUACUUAAAGAAUAUUGACAUUAAACGUUGAAGGCAUCACGUGUAUUGCAGAUAAUAACAUUGAUACCUUAAUAACUAUAAAACAAUGCAGUACAAAAAUAAUAUUUAUUUUAUAAUAUAUCAUUUAUAAAACGACAAAAGAAACAACUAGAGGCAAGUUCCCAAGUUCAAGUUGAAAAAAUCAUUUAAAAUUAAUCUGUUUUGAAAAUAUUUACAUUUAAUGUUUGGGCGACGUGCACAACCAGUUAUAUCUUUUUAUGAUGCAUUUUUCGGCAAAGUUAUUUACAUUAAAUCAACGUAAAAUGCUAUAUGGACUUAGUUUUAGUAGUUUUCUUUUGUUAGGAUUUUAAAGUAUACUCUGUAUAUGCAAAAAUAGUUCCUAUGAAAAACUAGGUUGUCUAUAGUUUUAUCAACACUGUUAAAUACAGAGCGAAAUUUAUCAGAAUCUAUCGUUUGAAUGAAUAAGAAGUCACAAACGUAGUAAUAUUUACAUUUUAUUUAAUAGUUGUAUUAAGUUUAUGCUAGUCUUUUUCUUAUAAUAUAAUUUUAAAGGGUGACGUGAACUUGUAUGGAUGGUUGUCUACUUAGUAACUAAGAUAAAAAUGAUACAUGUAGAAUUAUAUUAAUAAUUUUAUACAAUCCAAAGACUAUAUUGGUUUCAUUUAUUUAUGAUAUUGUGUUAAUAUUAUAAACCAACCUAAAAAAUCGCCCUUCUAAAAUUUUAUAAAAGUUUCGCAACUUUCUUCUGUUUUAUUUUAAGAAAUGUUCUUCUGCGUAUACUAUUUUUACUACAAAAACACGCUUACGUCAUUCAAGAUUCACUACACGCUUACAUCACUAGUUAGAACGCACGAUGACAUUCCAAUAGUGGAUCGGGCAAUCCUAUGGUACCUUUCUCAUUACACACCGGUUGGAACGUUCGGUGUAAUGUGAAAGAUACGAUGGGAUUGCUUGAGCCACCAUUGGAAUGUCAUCAUGCGUUCUAGCGAUCGCACGUUUGAAUUCUUAUUGUGUGAAAGGAGCGUAAUGCUUUGUUAAUGCUCUGACGUCAGAAAUCUUGAAUGAUGUAAGCGUGUUUUUGUAGUAAAAAUAGUAUAUGAAGAUAACGCUUACUCGUAAUGACAAAUCUUAAAUAAUAUGGUAAGAGGGCGGCUGAAUUACAAAAAAAUACAUGUCAUUUACGUUAGUGCCAUUUUAACUUAAUUGGUAUUGCUCGUAUAAUAUUUACCGGAAUCAACAAAAAAAUCUUCCUCAUCUGAUCAGUACGGGUUUGUAUCAUUUAUCGCUUGAGUAACCAAUUACAUACAUUAGUUUUUCAUUUACCACAAAUAAUUACAUAUUUUCUUUCAAAUCAUUCAAAUCAAAUUCGUAUUGAAAAUCGUUUCAUAGUGUCUUCUGGUGCGAAAAUUAAAAUGUCAAUUAAUAUUUUUUACUAAAACUAAUACAAAAGACCUUAUUUUUAAAAAGUAACAAAAAAUACUUAAUUUUAAUAAAAUGACUUAUUUGUUCUCCCGAAGUAAGUCUAUAUAUUCCUUUCUAGUCUUCAUAUUUUUUCUUUUUCAGUUUUAUUUACCAUAAUAAGUUUUUCUAAUUUUUGCUUCUUGCGCAUGUCAUUGCGCAAUUUUGUAAACGCAAUCUUUCUGUUGUUUUUAAUGAUUUUGAGUCAUCAAAAUAUAAAAACUAUAAAUAUUAUGUGUCUUAGUUCCGUUAUCCAAAGUGAUUAUUAAUUUAAACCAUAUAGUUCACAAAAUGGUUAGAGGGGACUUAAUACUUGCACCGAUUCUCUUGCACUAUUUUCUCAUUUAUCUUAUCAAAUACUAUCAGAGAAAAGCAUUAACAAUUAUUAGAGUUGGACCUUACCUCAUUGGUGAGCCAAGUAAUAAAUAGAAAAAUAUUAUAUACCUCCUGAAUGAAAACAAAAUAACAUCAGGAAAAUUUAGACUUGCAUAAAAUUUUAGAAUGGCAUUUUUUGUCGGUGUGUAUAUUAUUGAUUAGAACUUGAGAUAACUUGUUUGUUUGGUAUGUGUAAUGAACCUAAACUGUUCAUUAUUUUUUUAAAUAUUUUUUUACGGUGUCAGAGUGUAUAAUUUUUGUUCUACCAAAAGAUCAUCGAAUGGUUUUUCUUGUAUGUACUCAUUUCAUAUUAACAGUAUACUAUUAUCUGAUUUAUUGUACAUAAUUAUAUAUUUUUAUUAGAUAUUGUGUAACAACUUAAAUUAUUAUUUGAUUUUAUUAAGAUUUUCUUUUUAUUUGGCUCCAAAGCAGUUAUGUUUUCUAUAAAAUGUAUAUUUGAGAUUAUUUUUGGAACCGAUAUCACAAAAAUCACUAAAUUUUCUAAAAUGAGAUUUAUAAAAGACUUAAUAGUAGCAUUUUACAAUAAUGAACAAAUAAAUUUUACGCAUAGAAUAAGUACAGUACCUAUAGUAUCGGAAAUAAAUUCUUCUUUUCCACUGUCAUUAUUUUGUAGUGAAUUGUAUCCCGAUUUUUGCGUGUAUAUUUUGUAAUAUUAUCUAUAUAUAAAAAAUGGAAAUACAAA